UCCAGCUGUUUGACCUGGGCACUGAAGAAAUAACCCAACUUCUCCACUUUGAAACCGAUGAAGUCUGAGGUGGAGGUGCCACUGGCAACUGCUGGACUGUCGCAGUGGAUGAAGAUCCACAUAUCAAGUCUGGAGUAUCUGUGAACCUAUGCAGUGAUAUUUCUUUCAUACAUAUUCAGGCACACUGAGUCCAUUUCAAUAAUGUCGACAGUGUGUUAGUUUGCCACGGAGACUGCUGUUUAUCUGCAGAGCUGAUCUGGCUUUUGUUUGAGAACUUCUGCCAAGGUUGUCAUAUUUGUUGACUGUGCGAACUUAAAGAGGAACUUUCUGAGCAACAAUGGCGCCUGCCAUUGGUGGUCCUCAAGGGUAUGAGCCCCCUGAAGGUGGCUGGGGAUGGAUGGUGGUGGUCGGUGCUUUCAUUUCCAUUGGUUUCUCCUAUGCAUUUCCAAAGUCCAUCACAGUCUUCUUCAAAGAGAUUGAGGUGAUCUUCAAUGCAUCCAGCAGCCAAGUGUCGUGGAUCUCCUCCAUCAUGUUAGCAGUGAUGUAUGGCGGAGGUCCUAUCAGCAGCAUCUUGGUUAAUAAAUAUGGGAGUCGUCCUGUUAUGAUGGCAGGAGGGUGCCUGUCUGGAUUGGGCCUUGUUGCUGCCUCAUUCUGCAAUUCUGUUGAAGCCCUGUACUUUUGUAUUGGUGUGGUGGGAGGCUUGGGAUUGGCCUUCAAUCUAAACCCUGCUCUCACCAUGAUUGGAAAGUACUUCUACAAGAAGCGCCCCAUUGCCAACGGCCUUGCCAUGGCAGGCAGUCCUGUAUUUCUUUCCACCCUGGCUCCUUUAAACACCUGGUUCUUUGACCACUUUGGCUGGAGAGGAAGCUUCCUGAUUCUUGGUGGUUUGCUUUUCAACUGCUGCGUCGCUGGUUCCCUCAUGCGACCUAUAGGACCAAAACCCAAGCCUGUAGAGAGGACCACAGAGAGGAGGACUUGCAUGCAGAUCAUUAACAGCUUCAUUGACCUCUCUUUGUUCAAGCAUCGAGGAUUUUUACUUUAUAUCAUGGGCAACAUUAUCAUGUUUUUCGGCCUCUUUGCACCACUGGUGUUCCUCAGUAAUUAUGCGAAAAGUAAAGAUAUCCCGAAAGAAAAGGCAGCUUUCUUACUGUCUGUGCUGGCCUUUGUUGACAUGGUUGCCCGGCCUUCAAUGGGAAUGGUGGCCAACACCAAAUGGGUGCGGCCCAGAAUACAGUACUUCUUUGCAGCCUCUGUACUGUACAAUGGUGUGUGCCACGUUCUAGCUCCAAUGUCAGUAGACUACAAAGGCUUUGUCAUUUAUGCUAUCUUCUUUGGGUUUGCGUUUGGCUGGUUAAGCUCAGUGCUUUUUGAGACCUUAAUGGACCUGGUGGGAGCGCAGCGUUUCUCCAGUGCUGUUGGUCUGGUCACUAUUGUGGAGUGUGGCCCUGUGUUGUUAGGGCCCCCUCUCCUUGGAAGGUUCAAAGAUAUCUAUCAUGAUUACAAGUACACGUACCAGGGCUGCGGGAUACUCCUCAUCGUUUCCAGCGUUUUCCUGUUUUUUGGCAUGGGAUUAAACUAUCGAAUGCUGAAAAAAGAGAAAAAAGAGGAGGAGUGUAGGGCCAGGAUGGGAGGUAGAGAAGAGAGGUCCAACAGGGACAAUGCUGCUAAUGAAGUGGCAGAGGGUGAGAAGAGAGAAGACAGUGUCUAAAACACCAUGCUAUGAUAGUUUUUUAUUGUCUCUGAGGUGUGUGUUCUUUAAAAACACAUAUACUCCGAUAAACACUCAUCACCUGUUCUAUAAUGUGUUGUUUGUUUGUGAGGACUGCCAUAGAAAUCAUAGGUUCAUUGCAACACUGUAAAAUAUUUAUACAUUAAAGCCCUUUAAAAUCCAUUUAACAAGAUGCAUAUCACACCUCUAAUAUUCUUCAAGGGAUUAUAUAUGUGUUUUGUAGACUAUUCCAGUUUGCCUCACCUUGUAUGUCAUUAUAUAUUAAUAUGAUGUUUUAUUUUAUUAAAUUUCAGAUUGUAUAAAAACUCUGUACCCUCACUGUAGCACAUUAUAUAUAAUUACCUUCUAAAAUGUGUGAUAAGAAAUUUUUCUUUUACUAUAGAACAUUUGCAGUGCAGGUUUGUAUUUUUUAAUGAUGCUGCAUGUACUUUCUCCCUUAUCCUAACUUUGCUUAGAUUUAAUAACACUGUGAUAACACGGUUUACCAUCUGUAAACAGCCUUAGUGCCAUUAUUACUUUGUAUAUUCUACUCGAUGUCACAUGAAAUGAAUCAUGCCAAUUCCCAGUUCCUCUUUUAAAAUGUUUUCUUGUUAAUUUGUUGAG